AUGUUGCUUGUACUCCUGUUUAUAGUAGGUAUACAUGCCGCAUCCCAAUGCGUUCCUAUAAGCCCUUAUUGUAGGGACGGAUAUAAAAUAAAUGGGAUAACUGCUAUUGAAAAGUAUGGGUGUGGCGAGGUGUUGGUGUACGACUCGUUUACGCUCACAAAAGACUGUGUGUCCAAAUUUGAAACCCCUCCAGUGUUACUUGUGGCUGAAGGAGAUGUUAUAGAACUCACGUUAGAACAAGGCUUGUUUGAUACAGCGGGUGGCAUACACUUCAACAAAAACACUCACGUGACACUCAAAGAAGAGCAAAACAUUUUUGCAUUUCCCACAAUCAUCUUUGACUCGAGUGUGGAGGUCAUAUUUACCAAAGAUAUUACACUGAGGAACAUCAACACGACUUUAUUAACUUCACAAAUCUUUCGAAUAUUUGGUAGUGCCACAAUCAUCGACUCCGAAAUUUACUUGAACGGAGCGAGUGUGUACUCUAAAAAUACUAUACACUUCAUUGGGACGAAGCUCUUUCUUUUUAAUUCGGCGUCUCUGGUCACUCCAAUCAUCGAGUUUGAGUCAUGCCAAUUUGAUUUGAACUCUCAUAUCAACUCGUAUCCGACAAAAACUUUGCUCGCUUCAACAAAGGUGAUAUUCUCUGGGAAUUCAUCUGCUAUAAUCCCUUCAAAAACAACCAUUACCACAAAUGAUGUUAUCAUUACUGAUACAGCAAUGGUCUAUUACUCACGUUUGGAUAAUAUAAACGAUAAAAAAAUCAACUUCAUGUUGACUAAAGAAGGUCGAAUGAGUGUGAGUGGGUUAAUUCUAAUGAAAGAUACACAACUCAGUGUUUCUGAUGAUGCUGUUUGUAACAUCGAGAAAGAUGGGACUGUAUCUCUCAAAUUUAAAGAGACAUAUUAUGAUGGAGGGUUUCUUAUUCAAGACAAUGGCAUUAUAAACGUGUAUGGAACAGCACAAUCUGUUUAUAAUAUUACUAUGAAAGGAAGAGGACGAAUGAAUGUUCUUGCAGAUACGACUACAAAUGGUGUUGUUGGGAUCACUCGACUUGAUAUUAACAUGUUUGACAACUCGUGUAUUCAUGUUGGGAAUGACACUGCUUUUGAGGUUGUAAAUCUGAUAAUGCACGACAACGCGUUACUCGAAUUGACCGAGAGAUUUGUGAUGUAUUAUAUCUUUAUUUUUGAAGUUGAAGGAAUGAACGUAGUGAUGUACAACAACAGCCAUAUUGUCUAUAACUUGACAUAUGGUAGGAGUUUAGUGGAAAUGGCGAACACAAAGAUGUACGACGACUCUGUGAUUGAUAUAUACACAACGAUUAGAACAGUCUUUUAUAGUGUCUCUAUGGCGGGGAGAAGUAGAGUUAAUAUCCAUGAAGGUUCAAAUAUAACAAUGGCUCAAUUCACUAUGACAGAAGAGAGUGUCUUUGACAUGAGAGAUUAUACAAGAGUGAUGAUAUCAACACUUGCAGUGUGUAAAACGUGUGUAUUCAAAAAAGCGGCAAAGUCUAUAUUAACUGAGAGGUGUACAGACACUAAUUAUGACAACGAUGAUUGUCUCUUUGACGAGUCCAUUUGGACUUUUGACGGGUUUGCAGUGGAUGCAACAGACAGACAGAGUGGGUAUUCAGUUAUUAAUAUGUAUGUCUCCACUCUGACAUUUAAUCAAGAAACACUUGAAGGUGCGUUGUUGCCCACAGACCAUUGCACAGACUUAUUUUCAAUUACAAGUGAAAUCGAAGAGUUACCUUUUCAAUUGAGUAACCCCCAAAUAUUGAGUCUCAUGGACGGGUAUUUGAUUAGAUAUUGCCCUGUUAAUGUGACAGAGACUGAAACCUUCUGUCGAUUGAUUGGAACAACUUGGAAUGACGACCAUCUCUAUCAUGCAGAAUACCCAUUUGCACAAGUACAUUGUCCAUAUGCGGGUGUCAAAAUAAUCAGUGAAGUUGACGAGGUGUACAUUGGUGACUUUGGUGUCGAAGCGUAUUUUUUAAAUAACACAAAGGUCAUAUUUACCACUAAGGCUUCACUCAAACGUAAUGUGACUGGUAAAGUCCAAGAAGUGACAUUUCCUACUGGACUUACUCUUAAACCAAGUUGCGACACAAUUGAAACUGUUGAAGUCAUUUCUGAAAAAGAUGGGGCAUACAGCUAUACACAGACUUGUACUGUGAAGACAACCCCCAAAGGCGAACAAAUAAAAGGAAGUAUUGUGAUGGACUCUGUGGAAUACAAUGUCAAAGCGGACUCUGCAUUUGUCAUUUAUACAGGUAACCAGAUAACACCAAAUACACUCAUAGUUAAUGUGAGCACUGAAGUAAUAGUUAUAAGUGACAUUGGAUUUAUCAUCCCGACAUCAAAUUCAAGUGAAUUGUGUCUCUUUGGUAUUUUCAAGAAUGGGGUAUUGAGUUGCAAUCAAAAACGGUUUUUAGAGUGUGGAGAUGGAUACUUCCCAAAAGUGAGUGAGUGUAUUGUGUGUACUGUGACUAAUUGUAUUCGGUGUACCGAGACGACUUGUUUACUUUGCAAAGAAGGGUAUAUAAUGACUAAUGGUUCUUGCGUUGACAAACAGAGCACAUGCCUCAAGUCGAAAUUGAAUCGGUGUUUCAAUUGUAAUCAAGGAUACAGUUUAGAGGAUGGAGUAUGUUACCAAGAGUCUCCCCUUGCGAAUUGUCUUGUGAGUACAUAUGGAUAUUGCACGAGUUGCGACUAUGUAAAUCGGUAUGUCAGCCGAAAUGGGUCAUGUGUGUAUAAAGAUCAAGCGAAAUUGCUGAGUCGGUAUGAUGUCAUUACAUGUAUGACAAAAUACACAUUACGACAAGGAGAAUGUGUGCCAUGUUCUGGUCUCUUUACUCAUUGUAAUACAUGUUCCGAUAUUCUCUGCACUGAAUGCGAAGAAGGAUAUGUAGUCAACGAAGAUGGAAGUUGCGAAAACAAAAACUGUUUGAACACGACAAGUCCUGAAAUGUUGUGUGAAGCGUGUGCGGAGGGGUAUGUGUUAGAUUUGGGAGGGCACUGCGUCCCAUUCCAACAAAAUUGUUUGUAUUACAACAACGAUAAAUGUCUUGCUUGUGAGAGUCCGUAUUACAUGACGAAUGGAGGGUGUUAUACACACAUAUCCAAUUGUAUUGAUUUGCAACAGUCUGGCUGUUUUAGAUGUAAGGACGGGUUUUAUUUGAACGAAGAAUAUGUCUGCGUCGCGUGUGACAAGAAUUGUAAAACGUGCAGUGGGACUGCAACACAUUGCCAGUCGUGUUAUGACAAUACCUAUCUGAAUGAGAACACGUGCAUCACAUCAACAGUGUUAAAUAACACAUGUCAAAAGUACACGAUCAAUGGUAUUUGUGUGCGGUGCAUCGACAAAUAUUACUUGGACAACGUCACGUGCUCGAAGUGUAUGGAUGAGUGUGGGACGUGCAACGAACCCGACUCUUGUUUGGUGUGCGAUUAUAACCGAUUUAUGAGUGUCAACGGAAAGUGCUUACUCCAGAGCUUAAUUCAUGACUGUGCUGUUGAUAUAUCCGUGUCACACGGAUGCACAGAAUGUAAAAAUGGGAGUUUUCUGCAUGAGAGAAUGUGUACUCCAUGUCAAGACAAUUGUAUGUUGUGCUCCGACUUGAAUUCGUGUCAAAUGUGUCAUGACAAUUUUGUGUAUAAGAAAGGGGAGUGUACGUCGUAUGCGACAAUUAAGAAAUGUUCUUCUGCAAAAGGCAAUAAAUGCGACAAAUGUUCGUUCUGGUACAAACCAAGCCCUGAUGGGUUAUACUGUGAGUCGACUCCGGUAUGGUGGGUCAUCAUGUUAUGUGUAGUUGUAGGGGUGUUCAUGUUUGUAGUGAUAUUAGUGAUGAUUAUUUGGAUGACAAUUGUUGUUCUACGGAAUGCGAUUCGCAACAAGGCACUGGACAAAAUGGUUUUCAGUCUUAAAAACGAUAAGAACUUAACAGUCAAUUUAGUCGAGAAUGUCUUCACUGGAACCAAAGAACUUGUUUUUGAAGCAGAAGAACAUUUGGUACCAGUGAACGUGCCAAGUGUGACGAGUUUUGUCAUUGGUAAUUACGGGAAGAGUGCUGUUCGUAUUCAAAUGAAGAACAAGACUGUGGAAGACAAGUACACAAUUGUGGUUCAACCCGAAGUCGUUAUUUUGAAGAGGAAACAGGGGUGCAAAUUCACUGUUACACUGAGCCCGGUGUGUUCGUGUAAGGUGAACGACUGCAUUUCUAUAUCUAUUAACAACUUUAAAACAACUAAAGGGGUGGGUGUCACCAUACCAAUUCAUGCGGAGACUGUGAUGUCGACGAGUCUUGACCAAAGUGAAAUUAGCAUCUCAAAGCAAAUUGGCGAAGGGUCCUUUGGAAAGGUAUUUAAAGGUGUUUUUAGAGGCAAUGAAGUUGCUGUCAAAAUAAUGAAACAAAUCAACAUAGAAGCGUCGACGAUAGAAGAGUUUGAGAAGGAAGUUGCGAUGUUGGACAAAUUCAGAUGCGACUAUAUCAUUCACUUCUAUGGGAGUGUGCGGUCCAAAAUGAACAUUGGUAUCGUCACUGAAUUUGCACCACUGGGGUGUUUGAGGGAUCACUUCUACAAAAGUGUCCCCGCCGAAAUGGUGCGAAUCAAAAUUAUGUUGGACAUUGCAAAGGCUUUACAGUACUUGCAUGAGAGUGGGAUCUUACAUCGAGACAUUAAACCAGACAAUGUCUUGGUGUUCGAUUUAAAUAAAGUAGCCACCGUCAAUGGUAAACUCACUGAUUUUGGAUCAUCGCGAAAUAUCAAUUUGUUGAUGACUAACAUGACCUUCACAAAAGGUGUUGGCACCCCAGUGUAUAUGCCACCUGAGAUGUUUGGCAAUAUGAAGUACAAAACAGAAGCAGACAUUUAUGCGUAUGGAGUCACUUUACUUGAAGGCAUUAAGUGGCGCGAGUGCUUUGAAGGCAAUCAAUUCAAGUACACGUGGCAGAUUGCAGAGUUCGUUAACAAAGGGAAUCGUCCACCCCGUCCUUCAGAAGUCCGUGAAGACAUCUUUACAUUAGUAGAAGAGUGUUGGGCACACGACACCAAGAAGCGCCCACCAAUUCAUAUUGUAGUCGAGCGUCUUGACUCUUUCAUGAGAAGUGCACAAGAACCCAAACAAGAACUUCAGAACGAAGUUCCUUCCGUUUAA